AUGAAAACUAUCGAUUUCUUUACAAAAGCAACAGAUUCUGGCACGAAUGAUUCAGGUUAUGCUAUUUUUAUGACCGAAAUUAAAAAUCCUUUGAAAGUAACCUUUCCUAUGUUAUUUAAGAAAAAAAAAGAAUCAUUGAAGCUCUGGUUUUUAAUUGAAAAGGAGAAGCAUAAAAAAGUCUUCAAGCGAACCUUUUUGUGUGAAUUUCCAUAUAAUUGUUGA